AUGGGGUCCCGCAGCUCCGUUGGGGAGUCAAACGCGCAUGACUGGCGCUCGCCGGCCCCCGUACCACGUCUUCCACCGACACCGUAUCCCGACUGCCCCUCACCACUGGUCCACAGGAGCCCAUUCUCUAGAAGACCAAUCACCCCCCCACUGCCCAGGUCGCUCCUGUACUCGGGGACACCCACGCCGACUUUGAAGACAACUGCUUCGGCAACGAAGGCCGCCAUGUUGGUGGACCGCGACCUCUCCACAGAGUUUACAGCAAAGAAGAAGGUGACGUCUAGCAACUCUGUGGAGAUGGGACCAGUGUCGAGAUGGCCGUUGUCCUCUUCGAAGACGACUCCGAUGGCCAAACCUGUGGCACCUGUAGCCGGCACCAACGCUUCUACCUCCUCGAUCACCAGAGCUUCAACAACGAAUGGGAUGGCCGACAACUCCACCGAUGUUGCACCCAAAAAGAAAGUCACGUCCAGCAAUACAGUGGAGAUGGGCCGAGUUUCAAGAUGGCCUAUGGCUCUCCCACAGACGACAGCACCUGCCAAAGUUGUGCCACCCACUAUCACCGCCGACGCUGCAGCAUCUGUGGCAAAAACAAACCUAAACAAGAAGAAGGGACAGGACAAGAGCGGCAAGACAAAGAAAGGCAAGAAGAAGACGGAAACGGCAAAGGCCAAGCCACUGCCUAACGUCAGAGCAACUGGGUGCAAUACAGUCCAACCCCUCGACAAGUCUCGCCGUGCUGGACAGCCGACCCGCUCACACCCGUACACCCACGACCGUUCUCAAGGCAGCUUGUCGAUGGACAGCUGUGUCCGGGCACCCUCCACAUCGCGCAUCGCCACUCUCAGCUCAGAUCCCGACCUAGGUUACGCCAGGCAAGGGUAUCUCCAGGAUCAGCAAGUUCAGAACAACUACAAUGCCCAGCUUAACGCAUAUUCUCAAUACCCUUCCAUGUCGGACGGGUAUUCUGACCUUGUCGGACCACCCCAGUCCAAUGCGCCAUCUUGGUACUCGGGGCAUGGGGGGUCGACCUCCCAAGUUGGGGCCUACGCCUAUUCGCACAGGUCAUCUCAAGACGGUGGAUAUCAGGGUGGAUAUCAGCAAGGAUAUCACCCGACCAACCCAUCCAAUAGGCUGCCUGGUUGGGUACCGCCGCCUCACUGGAACUUUGAUCGCCACUUCCCUUCGCAGCAUCUCCACACGGGCGACGAGCGCACUGCCGUUGUCGGUCCAGUCCCUUUUGUUCGUCCGCCAAAUUGGACCAUCGGAGGAUAUCAAGAAGGACAAGGGGGGCGCGAGUCUGGUCUUAGAAGGCGCCCAUGGGGAAAUCAUUAG